AUGAAGGAGAGCCACAUACUUCAACACGAACAAUCACAAAAACACCAGGAUAGUCUGAAAAGCUACCUUGAUCAGCAAAGCUUUGACGGAAAUCCAAUAUCUACUCCAAAUAUUUUCAACCUAGAUUCAUUCAACAUAUUCCUUCAGCCAGACGCACUUAGAUCACAGAUCAGUGAUGCAGCUUCUGGCCACGUUGAAUCUACGGGACUGUCUAUUACAAAUCAUGACAUGGUUGAACGUGAACAACGUGUAUUGGUUCAGUCGCCAGAAGAUACUCCUAUGGUUAUGUUGGAUGGUUGUGGCACAGGUGAUACACCUGUUCCUUUGGUUGACCUCUGGCCAUAUGAGCAUGAUAGUCACAUUUUGGAAAGUAACGAGACCACUGUGGACCUAUUUGAAGAGACCAUACAAGCCUCACAAGAUCAGGAUGAGCUCCCCACUAUACGGGGUGUAACCAAUAAAGAGCUUGAAGACUUUGACAUAGGAGGCCAGUAUAUCAACAAGGAUGAAUCAGAUGGUAUGCACCCUUUUCAAGAGGCUCAGGAUAUUAAACUUACCCAUCAUCUAGACGACUAUCUCCAAAUUCCUAUAAUUCGUCACAUACAGCAUAGGAUGUAUCUCACUGACCUAUUGUUCAGCUCUCCCAGAUUGCAAUUUUCUGAAUCAGAGAAGUCUGCAGUUUUGAAAUGGGCAACAGAGAUGGGGGCGAGGAAAGUUCCAUCACUUGCAGCUCUGAAAAAAUGCCGGAAGGAGAUCUCUGAGGUCAUUGGCAAUCCCACAAAGAAGGUGAUAUUAUCAUCUGGCACCGUAUUCUACAUAAACAAUGUUGCCAGUGCCAUUAUGAAAGAUUUUUCCAAUCCGGUCACCCGUUUAAAUAUGCAAGAUUAUCCUGAAGAGGGAGGUGAUGGGAUGAGUCAAAUCUUUCAUGGACGUAAAAUGCUGCUUGAUGUGCCUCCAGACCGGGUCUCACAGAAUGUCCGCCUGAGUGGCAAGUUAUUUUAUAUACAUGAACUCCUGCAGUGUGCCUCUGGUGCAUACUUUAUCCCUGAACGGUUUUACUAUGCGUAUCCCCCAUUGGACGGUGGGAACAGCCCCACAAAAGAGCUCUAUGCUUUAGGUUAUGACGUGACUGAAACAACAUCAGGAUUUCUCGUCAGGGACACCAGAGUGACAAUUCCAAUCUCUCACUUCCAGAGUUCUUAUGAGGACAUCCGUAAGAGAAACUUGAUUCAAUUUUCAGAUUGUUCAAGUAUAUGGACAUCUAGAAUGCCCAACCAAUUUUGUACUGAAGCCCCUGGCAAGAUGGUCUACAGUAUACCUUUGAUAGUGUUUAUGGACGACGUAUCAGGCAACAUUUCAAAAGCUUGGAACAAACACUAUGUCAUAUAUAUGUCAAAUGCUAGCAUGCCCCGUGAAAUGCUCCAAAAGGAGUUUAAUGUUUAUUUUGUCACUUCUUCCCCACACACCAGCCCUAUGGAGCUCAUGAAAGUGAUGAAAGAUUCAAUUGAAGAUGCUGUGUUGACUGGAAUACCAGUAUAA